UUACUACAUGCGGGUUAGCAAGGGUUGCUCUGGAAAUACUUCGAGAAAGGAAAGACAAAUUUGAUAUUGUAAUCAGUGACGUCAACAUGCCUGACAUGGACGGUUUUAAGCUCCUCGAGCAUGUUGGACUUGAGAUGGAUCUACCUGUCAUCAUGAUGUCCAUAGAUGGUGAAACAAGCAGGGUCAUGAAAGGUGUUCAGCACGGUGCCUGUGAUUAUCUCCUUAAGCCUGUCAGAAUGAAAGAGCUCAAAAAUAUAUGGCAACAUGUUUAUAGAAAGAAAAUGCAUGAGGUGAGAGAGAUCGAAGGACAUGAUAUUGCUGAAGAACUUCAAAUCAUAAGAAAUGGGUAUGAGAAUUACGAAGAAAGGAACAUAUUUAACGUAGGUGAAAGUAACCCUUUAAGGAAAAGGAAGGAUGUUGACAAUAAGGAGCAAUCAGAUCAGGAAAUAAAUGAUCCUGCUACUGUUAAGAAAGCUAGAGUAGUUUGGUCUGUGGAUCUUCAUCAGAAGUUUGUGAAUGCAGUAAACCAAAUUGGAUUUGACAAAGUUGGUCCUAAAAAAAUACUUGAUUUGAUGAAUGUUCCGGGGUUAACAAGAGAAAAUGUCGCCAGCCACCUUCAGAAAUACCGUCUCUACUUGAGUAGGUUGCAGAAGCAGAACGAAGGAAGAAGUGUCGGUGGUAGUGUUAAUGUGCAGUCAGAAUCAAACCCUAAAUGCCCCGAGGGGAACUCCGAACUUCGCGGCCCAAGCCAAUUACAUCACAACAAUCCCGCUAGAGUAUAUGAGGGCACAUCUCCGAAAAACCAACCUCAAGGAACUAUACCUGAUACUCACUUCAAAGACUUUAGUAGUGUAAUUCCCCUCGAAGUGUUUGAUGAAAAGAAAGCCCUCAGAAAUGAUGUUCCUGAUUCUCGUAAAACCAACAAUACCUCUCAGAUGGAGUCAGUGCUUUCCUUCAAAAAGGUACCUCCAAAUGUUGGCAGUAAGUCAUCGGUGCCUGCCAUGCCCAAAUUCCAGCCUUGGAACGAGGGUGUCCCGGUGGUGCAAUUUAUGCAGUAUCCGAAGCAUGACCGUGAACGCUGCAGUUUGUUAGAGGACUACUCUUGUCUCCCGAAGCCUAACCAAGAAAAGCCGCUUUCUUUUAAUCAUUUCCCCACCCCACCACCUGUCAUCUCAAUCACUUGCAAUGUGGAGAAGGGCCUUUCCGAAGUGAAACCUCUUAUUGCAGACUACAUCAAAACUUUUUCUCCAAUGACUUGUACAGUUGACUCGGUCUCUCUUCAAGUUACUCAUGGAGUUAUUAAUUCCCAAAACAUUGAUGCAUCAACAUUUAAUGUUGAUGAAUCACCAAAAGUGAAGGAUGGCUACUUAGAUCAAGCAUUGAACCCAAAUUUUUUACCUCCAUCACAAGAUUUGAGUCUUAUCAGUGCCAAAGAUUUGGUUUCUUUGCCCGACAACGUGCCCCUUUGUUCUCUUGAAGGCAUCGGUUGUUUUGAAAAUGUAGGGCUUAAUAGCAUGGAGAUUUUUCAGUGCGAUGACUUGACAACACUGACUGGAGUACAAAGUAACUGGUAUGAUGGUUAUGAGCUUAACAGCGAGCAUUUGUACGAAUCAGUCGAUUAUCCUUUCAUGGAUGAGUGUCUUUUUGCCUGACCCUUUUCAAUUGCAUGUCCUUUCUCAAACAUAUAUCAUUUAUGAAGAAGGAUAGUGCUCAUUCCUACGUUCUUCCCUCGAACAAGUUUAGCAAUGUUUCGACAUCCCCGUGGACGGAUAUAAAUGUACAGUCCCCCUACUCUAUUCAUGGAUGCACUACAUAUACGAGUAAUGAUUAUUGUAUACUUGAGAAACAUGUAAGCUGUUAAGUAUGCUUCAUGAUAUUUAAACUUGCAAACUGACAUAAAUCUUAAUUGAACAGCUUCUUUUCUGAUAUUUCAGAUAU